AUGUGGGGUAGACAUGUCGGAGCACAGUUAGAAGCCAUCAAGGAGCGAUAUCCUCCUCCUCCAGGCUCCAUGCAUGAGCUCGUCGUUCAAGGGCUAAACGGCGACAGAAACAUAGCACUUGAUGCAUCAGAAGAGUUAGCCAGGACUACCACACCCAGCGAUUAUAGACCAAGCGACAACCAGUUUUUGUUGAUUUCCGGAAGUACAGGACUGGUUCUAGUGCUGCUUCUAAGCCAGUAUGCUGGAUACAAAUUGCGCAGGUGGGUUGCGCGGUGGAAAGUCGGUGAUGAACCACUCGCCCAUGUCUAUAUGGAUCGCGAUGGAGAAGGUGGGGAGUUGAGUAAAACUGCCGCAAAGCGCGUUCUUCGUCUGGCAAUGUUCGCUGCUGUCUUCGUCGCCACGGGUCUAUCAGCAGUGCAAAGUGGCCUGGCAAUCGGCCAUUUGCCGACUUUCGCGAUCAUCGGAUGCUGGAGUGAAGUCGCAAUUUGGGUCCUCUUGCUUCUGCAAUUCUCGGCCCUCGCACUGUGCCCUUCGGCGACGGCGUGCUUUUCCUUGUCGUGGAGGGCGGGAUUGAGUAUGGUGAUCAAACUGCUGGUUUACAUGGCGCGGAUGUACGCUACCAUUUCUUUCAUUGGUUCGAACUCUAUAUUCAUUGCAUUGGCUGGAACCGAAGGAAUUAUUAAAGUGGCAGUGCUUAUAUCCUGCCUUUCGAUACCCCGCCGUCCAGAUGUCUUUCACAACGGGAUCCUCGUGGAUCGACAAUUCACCACAAGCCUUCUCGGCUGGAUUAGCUUUUCCUGGGUGGAGAACGUGCUCCAGAAAACAGAGCGAUCGAGACUAGAGGUCGAUGAUCUGCCUGAGUUGGACCACCGCAGCCGAGGAGAAACCGUAUACAAUAUUUGGGAAAGAAAUCUUCGGCCUCGCAAGGAUGGCAGCAGCAGAGGAUUAUGGCGGACAAUGAUAUCCUCCAAUUUGGUUGUGAUCGCCACCCAAAUCACCCUGACAGUAAUACUCUCGUUUCUUUCGUUUGCGCCGCAGUUUGCACUGUGGCGGAUCCUCAUCUUACUGGAGAUGCCCAAGAGUGCUGCAGUCGAGCCGUUGUGGGUGCCCGUCGUCGGGCUUGGGCUGUCUGUCCUGAUAUCAGCAACAUUCGAGACAUGCAAAUACUGGAUCUCCUACAAUCUCCUCGCAAGCAGAGGGCAGCAGCAGUUGUCACUAUCGAUUUUCGACAAGGCCGUUCGCCUUCCGUGUGUCGCGCCACCAGACAACAGCGAGGGCACACCCAAUACCCAUAAUCCGGUGAACCUACUGGCAGUGGAUGUCAAAAAUGUGGCCGACUUUCUCUGCUUCUCUUUCCUAAUUUAUGAGUCCCCACUCAAGAUCACCAUCGCGCUGGUGUUUCUGAUUCUGCUGCUCAGCUGGCGCAGCGUUCUAGCCGGAAUCGUCAUGCUGAGUCUACUCAUGAUUGGGAACACUAUUGCAGGUAGACGCUAUUCGCGCCGCCAGAGAAUUUUGAUGCAGCACCGCGACAAUCGACUGCGAGUUAUACAGGAAAUGCUCCAGGGCAUCAAGGAAAUUAAGUUCGCGGCUCAAGAAGGCCGCUGGGCCAAGAAGGUCAAUGAGCUGCGUGAUACCGAGAUGCGAGCUCAAUGGGCUAUCUGCUUUUGGCAAAUUCUGUUCGCCUCGUUGGCCCUGAUAAACCCCAUAGUGCUGUCCGCCACAUGCCUUUCUGUUUUCGUACUGCUCUCCGGCCAUCUGUCUGCGGCUACAGCCUUCACUUCUGUUUCGGUGUUGGCUGCAAUCGAGGUAUCCACGUCGACGCUCCCAGACCUGCUGUCGUUCCUUCUCAAUGCCCAGGUCAGCAUGCGGAGGAUUCAGUCCUAUUUAUCCCAGCCUGAGCUUAAUGUCACCAUUCGUCUGUCGAGAGAAAUUAUUUUCGACAACGUUACAACCGCCUGGCCCGGCUGUCGCAGCGGCCCUGGUACUCUCCAGGGACUCAACUUGCAAUUCCCCUCCGAGGCUUUGAGUAUAGUGACUGGCCUAACAGGGUCCGGAAAAAGCCUUCUCCUGGCAGCAAUCCUCGGUGAGACCGACAUACUUCAGGGCCAGAUCUCUGCGCCAGUUGCAGAUCCAUUCGAGCCCAUUACUCAAUGCCCCAAUGCGACGGACUGGUUGACCGAAUCAGCCGUGGCUUUUGUCUCCCAGUCGCCAUGGCUCCAGAACACCAGUGUGCGCGACAAUAUUCUGCUAGGUCUUCCGAUGAACCACGAGCGGUACGCGCAGGUGGUAUUCGCUUGUGCCCUGCACCAUGACUUCGCCAGCUUUCCGGAGAACGAUCAUACGAAGAUCACCGGCAAAGGGGCCAAUCUGAGCGGCGGACAGCGAUGGAGAGUGUGUCUUGCACGCGCAAUCUACUCACGCGCAAAGACACUGCUCCUGGAUGACAUUUUCAGCGCUUUGGAUGUCCACACUCGUGAACAUGUCUACCAGCACGUCAUCUGCAGCGAGCUGUUACAGGGUCGCACUUGCAUCCUAGUAACACAUCACGUCGAGCUGUGCCGUCCGCACGCCGAGUAUGUGGUUCAUCUAGACCAAGGAACCGUCAUGACAGCGACGACGAACGCGCGUGUCCCGUUGGACGUCUUCCCGGGGGAUUCUGUAAACCCUAAUUUUGGCCAGGUUAGCGCAAGGACCUUCCAGAACGGGGAGCUCAAUCACGUACCUACAGAUAUGGAAACCUCGAGAACACCAGGUUUGGCCAGAAAACCUGGCACGAAGACACCCAAGGCAUCGCAGCAGUCGUCUGCUGUUGCGUCAGUAUUCUUCAAAGAAGGGGCCAACGUAAUCCAAUGGCUGGUCUUGGGAGUGGCUUUCUUAGCCUAUGGAGGUCUCAUGCUCUCUCGUUCCUGGUGGAUCCACACUUGGACCGAUAGUUACAAUGACCAGCAGGAACCUAGUCUUACGAAAUUCACUCGCACAGAUCCAGUCGGAUAUUACCUCGUUGGGUAUCUGAUUCUUUCCGCGAUGGCAUGUCUGAUGGGCGCAUGUCGGACUUAUUUUGCCUUGUCAGCCGCCCUGAGAGCUUCGCAACGGCUCUUCCACAAGAUGUUAUCGGCCGUGCUGCUGGCACCAUUGCAAUGGCACGACAUGGUCUCGUUGGGAGACAUCCUAGGCCGGUUUUCAGUGGACAUCAACGUCCUGGACGUGCGCAUCGGGGACGACCUCAGGGCAACGCUCGAGUACACGAUGGACGUAACAAUGGCCAUUGUCGCUGGCGCCAUCGUCAACCCAUACCUCCUCGUAAUCUCCAGUGUGCUGCUGGUGAUUUUUUUCUGGUGCGCACGUCGGUUUAUCACCGCAUCUCGGCAGCUGAAAAGCCUCGAGAACAUGGCCAAGGCUCCCCCAUUGGAGCAUACAGACACUAUCCUCAGUGGCCUCUCGACGGUCCGAGCAUUUGGACAAGCUGAUGUCGCCACCCGGCAUUUCCGCGAGAAGAUUGCUCGCCAUGCCAGGGCGUUCUGGCACCUUUGGCUUUUGAAUCGCUGGUUAAGCUUUCGGAUCAAUCUCGUUGGGGCUGCCUUCGCUGCCUUAUCUGCAGCCAUGGUGGUCUACGCUCCGGGAAUUAGCCCAUCCAUGGCAGGCUUUGCCAUCACGUUCACGAUCGAGGUCUCCCUGACAAUGGCGCUUAGCAUUCGUCGCUACGUGAACUUGGAGCAGGGACUCAAUAGCAUGGCGCGUAUUCAUGCAUACUGCGUCGUCCCCGGGGAAGAGAUCACGGCCGCGGAAGAUCAACCGACGAUAUCCGAUUCGUGGCCGCAGCAGGGGACCUUAGAGGUCUCGAACCUUGCUGUCACUCAUGGUCCACAUCUGCCGCCUGUUCUACACAGUGUCAGUUUUACAGCAUUGCCAGGGAAGAAGGUGGGUGUCGUUGGUCGCACAGGCGCUGGAAAGUCCUCCCUGGUCCUCGCGCUCUUUCGCUUCCUUGAAGCAACACAUGGGUCCAUCUUGGUCGACGGCGUUGCCAUUUCCAAGGUACCACUAUUUCAGCUACGCAGUCGGCUCGGCAUUAUUUCACAGCAUCCUGUUCUGUUUAGCGGUACCGUACGUACCAACCUCGAUCCGUUCCAUCAGUUCGAGGAUCAUGUUCUCCUAGCUGCUCUUCAAGUAGUUGGUUGGCAAAAGACAAACCCCGACAAUUCUGAACCACCAGAAAUCCUGUCGCCUGGAUCCGAUCAUUCACUCUCCACGCCAGCAACCAACGGCUCUCAACCUCGAUCCGAGCCCAGUGUCCUCGACCAAUCCGUCAUUGACUGCGGCGAGAACCUUUCCCACGGCCAACGCCAGAUUCUAUGUCUCGCGCGAGCCAUCGUCCGCCAACCCAAGAUCCUAAUUCUAGAUGAAGCGACGGCAUCGGUGGAUCAAGAGACCGACAAUCUCAUCCAGCGGAGUCUUCGGUCGGCGUUGAUUCAGCGCAAAACAACGUUGCUGGUGAUCGCACAUCGACUGAAAACGAUCGCCGAUGUCGACCAAAUGCUUGUACUCGAUAACGGGUGCAUUGUUGAGUCCGGCAGUCCUCGGGAUUUACUGCUGCAAGGGAAUGGUUUCUUUCGGGGAAUGGUGCAGCAGGAUCCGGAUAGGGAGAUAUUGAGGAAGCUGAUUUUGGGUGAAGAGCCAUAG